AAAUUCAUGGCACGCGUACUUGUUGCUGAGCAUAAAAUUACAAUUUAAUCCCAAAAAACAUCGAAAAACUAAAAUUUUUCAACAAAAACAAGAAAAACUGAACCGAUAAAUCCCGAAAACGAUGGAGCAGAAGGAUCUUGGAUUUUGUAAUUUUUGUAAAACUCCUUCAGUUUUUGUCUGUUCUCGAUGUUACGACACCUACUGCAGCAUCAAAUGCCAACAGGAAGAUUGGCAAACUCAUCGAUACAUUUGUAUGCCUUUUCCGAAAUUAAUUGAACGUUCACAAGCAAAUCCUCAUUUAUUGGCUUUACCGAAGCCGCCAAGCGCAUUCAAUGGCAAUGUUUUUCAGAAAUUUGACGUGAAUUCAGAGGUAACAAAGGAAAGAAAUGAAAAAUUGAUCCGGAAAGUUGAGCUUCCUCGACCUCCGAAGCAUUCGGUAAAAAAUAUGCCAAUUGCAAAGAGCGUUUCUGAAGAACGUGUUGAUCAAAAUGCACCAUUUGCGUUGAUAAGCACUUUAAUUACACAAGGAAUCAUGACAUUCACCGGAAAAUUGGGCACAAUUUUCAAUGAGAACUUUUUCAGUGUCGUCGUUAAUUUUCCCCAAUCAAUGGCGGACAAGUACGAUGAUCUAAUGAAGAAUUUCGACUCAAAUAUUGAGGAAUUCAAAACUGGUGAAAUUGGAUGCAACUCAAUGAUUGUCGUAAAAGACUCCGUUGAGCAGAAAUUUGUUCGAGCGAUCGUUGUCAAUUACGAUUUGGAAGUAAAUGCUGCUGUAAUUUACUAUUGCGACAUUGGAACUUUUGAUUUUUUGAUGCCCGUACCCGCAGACAUCAAGCUUUGUUCCCAAAAAUACACACAAAUGCCGGGAAAAUCAAUUUUAGUUGAAGUUGUGUCUCACGCCGAACCGGAUCGCAAGAAAUUUUUGAUGGAUUUCUUCCGUCCUGAGAAUGUUUUUUCGUUUAACAUCGAAAAGAAGCGCAACGGCAUCUUCAAUGGUCAAGUAAGUGUGAAUGAAAAGGUUGCUGGACACGUUUGUCUUUACGAAAGCACGUCAGAUAUCGACAAUUGCAAGAUCGCGGGAUGGAAAGUGAAGAUUAUCGCAGGUACUAAAGUCACAAUUUGUCGCAUUGAUCCCGAUAUGCGUGCUUGGAUCGUGCCAUCUGACAAAAAAGUGGCUUAUGAACGUCUUUUGUAUCAAUUAUCGAGCAAAUUGGAGCCAUGUAAGACGAUUCCGGAGAAAAAUUGUGUCGUAGUGCACAUUGAAGGAACACGUGGGGUACGUUUAAUGAUCACAAAUCACUUGUCCAAUGAUUUGGUUGAAGGUUUUGACUUCGAUAACGGUCAAAAGAAGCAAUGUCAAUGGAAGAAACUCCUGUUGAGCAACGAGUUUAUUCGAAAUUUACCGUUUUACGGAAGACUUGUGACAAUUAACGAUGGUCCUCAAUGCUAUGAUGUUAAAGAAAUGGAAGAUUUCUUGCAAAAUAACGACUUUUAUAACAAUGAAUUCAUUUUGAAGUCCAUUGAAAACACUCGUGUCAAACUUGUUAACAGCCAAAAUGAGUCUUUGGGAGAAUUGAUCAAAAAUUUCUUCGACAAGAAAGAAAUUGCGCGCAAAAUUGAAGAAGAAAAGAAACGCGUUGAACAGAAAAAAGCUGAAAAAGCCGUUGAACAAGCAAAAUUAAAUGAAGAAAAGCCACAAAAGAAAAAUAACGAAGCAAUUACUUCGAAAAAUGACACCCCAAAAGUUGAUCGAAAAAUUUUUGCCAAGGACAUGAACAUCAUUCCACUCGAAAUUGGCAAGACAUCGAAGUUUAUCGUCACAAGUGGCUUCAAAGACGGAUUUUUAGGUGUUUGCCCCGAUACAUCUGCUAAUCAUGAAUACCUUCAAAAUAUCAUAGUUCAAUGCGAAAAUUUCAUUUCGAACGUAAAAUUGAAGGAUCUCGUUGGAUAUCGUCCUCAAGAAUCGGAAAUGUGUUUGGUUCGUUAUACCGAUGGAGCAUGGUAUCGCGCUCAAUGUCUCGUGGCAUCAGAAAACGUAAUAAUAACACUUCUCGUAGAUUUUGGAACUGUUCACGAAGUUGAAGCCAAGGAAAUUAUGCGAUUGCCGGAAACGCUCAUCGAUCCGCCGCCCCGAUCGCAUUUCGUAUCGCUCCCAUGCAGCAGUGACAAGGCAAAAACUAUCGAGGAAUACGGCAAGUACCGUUUCAAGGUUGAAUCUUUCGAAGACGACAUGUAUACUUUAAGUUUCGCUUAAUUUUCUUAAUUUUUUUGACAAGUAUUUACUUUAUUACUUGACUUUUUUUGUACAAAAUAUUCAAUUAAUCGACAAAAAUUGUACUUUUUGACCUUUAUUGUUAAAAACUCGAAUAAAUUUCAUCAUUGACUAAAUUUUGGGAUCGAC